AUGUUUGGCAGCUUGAUUGACCCGCUUAAUGCUCCAGCCCCAGAAGAGGAUAUGUCUGACGAGGCAUCUGGCGAUAUUCCAUUCAGAGGCGCGGGUGCACCGACAAAUGGCACAGACGACCAGGAGGAGCCAUCUGACAAUGGAGAGGAGAACGAAGAAGAUGAAGAGGACGGAGAGGACGAAGAGGAGGGAGUCUAUGUCGUUGAAGAUAUCCUCUCGCAUGAGUGGCUUGAUGGAACUCUGAAGCUUCUCGUGAAGUGGCAGGGCUAUGAGAGCGAGAAGGAUCAAACAUGGGAAGAUGAGGAAGGUCUCAUGGACGGCGCAGCUGAAAUCGUCAAUUCAUAUUACGAUAAGAUUGGCGGGCGGCCAGAGGAACCCGAACGAAAGCCCGCGCCAAAGGGUCGCAAGCGCAAGUCCAUGGGCGAUGCAAAGACGCCUACGCCGGCAAAAACCAACAAAUCAGCUGGAGCAAAGAGACAGCGCAAGUCAACACCCAAGAAAGCAGCCAAGCAUGAUACCCCCCAUCUGAAGAAGAAGAAUUUGACUGGAUCGGUGGAUACUAUUGUCCGGGAGGGCGAUCAAGGUCUCAUGGCCUGGCUCGAGUUCAACAAUGGACGUAAAACGAGAAUUCCCGUUCAGGUCUGCUACGAAAGGUGUCCUCUGAAGAUGCUCAAGUUUUACGAAUCACACCUUGUGUUUAAGGAUAUCUGA